AGAAGGAGAAGGAUGAGAAGAAGGAGAAGGAGAAGGAUGAGAAGAAGGAGAAGGAUGAGAAGAAGGAGAAGGAUGAGAAGAAGGAUGAGAAGAAGGAUGAGAAGAAGGAGAAGGAUGAGAAGAAGGACAUGUAUCUGCAGAAUGUCAUUUAUGGAAAAAAAUAGAUACAAUGUUUCAACCGCUGUAUGGAGUGAAUGUCCCAGAACUGUCAUAAAUAGUCUAUUUCUGACAGUUCUGGGACAUUCACUCCAUACAGCUGUUUCAACCGCUGUAUGGAGGGAAUGUCAUAGAACUGUCAGAAAUAGACUAUUAAUGACAGUUCUGGGACUGUCCUUCCAUAGAGCGGUUGAAACAUUGUAUCUAUUUGUUUCC